AUGAUUGAUGGAACUUCCAAUCGGAUCCCUUGGAUUAAUUGCUUGGACAGAGACAAUACUGCAGCUUGUGUUCUUCUUCCACCUCGUCCGGACCUAUGUAUUGAUUGUAAUUUCACAUGCCAAAAUCAGUGGUACAGAAUGGAGACUGGUUCUGGGAAUAAAACACCUGUUUUUGACUGCCCAUUAUGUUUUAAGUGUUUUGCAUCAGAUAAUACAUACCAGUCACACUUGAAAUCAUGUGGAGUGAAAAAUGGGCUAACUUGUAAUAGAGUAGUAGAUGCUCUUCGUCUGCAACAAAAGUAUGCAGAAGAAAGGCGUAAAUUGGGUCUACCUGCAAGAGUUUUGAGGUCCAAAAGAUUGAAAGCUGGAAAACGAGGAGGUGUAAAACAACCCAAAAGGUACAAUUUCACAAAUUUAAACUUCAAAAAGUUGCUUGAAGAUAAUGAGAAGAUUCUUCCUGGCACCAGUGGUACUGCUAGUGAUGGCCUUUUGCUUCCAGCACAAACUAAGGAGGCAUACAGAAAGCUUCUUAAAACAUCUUAUUUGCUUGCUGUAGUUGGACAGCUUUAG